AUAAGAUAUGUUUUACACAAAACUUGAAGAUGAUGUGAAUGUCAAAGAAUAUUAGAGUAUGUAUUCCACAAAACGUGUGCUUGAGUAAAUUGUGAGGAGAGUAGACACGCCAGGUCACCCUGCUUGCUUGUCCAUUCUAACAGUGUGUUGCGAGGCUGAGCUGGCAACCACUUCCUUCUUCUUCUUCUUCAUUAUAUAUCUAUAUAUAUAUAUUCACACUAGCUUUCCUCUUCUCAUCGCAUCCCUUGUAAAUUUUUAUCUCAGAAACGUGCAGCAGAGAAAAUACAAAAUGGGACUCUGCCGCUUUCUCUUCUUCGUCGUUGUUGUGCUGCUUUUCUCCUCAUCUUCCUCAGUUGACGCCUGCGACCGAUGUCCUCACCACUCUAAGGCUGCUUUUUUCUCCUCCGCAUCCGCCCUAUCCUCCGGAGCUUGUUCUUAUGGUUCCAUGGCUACGGCUUUCUUCGCCGGUCACAUCGCCGCCGCCGUUCCUUCCAUCUACAAAGACGGCGCUGGCUGCGGUGCUUGCUUUCAGGUCAGAUGCCACAACCCCACUCUUUGCAGCACCAAAGGAACCACGGUGAUGGUCACCGACCUCAACAUGAGCAACCAAACCGAUCUCGUCCUCAGCAGCAGAGCCUUCAGGGCCAUGGCCAAACCGGUUGUCGGGGCUGACACAGAUCUUCUCAGACAAGGCAUCGUUGAAUACCACAGAGUUCCUUGCGAUUACGGAAACAAGAAGAUGUUGAAUGUUAGAGUUGAAGAAUCAAGCAAAAAACCAUACUACUUGGCUAUAAAGCUCUUGUACCAAGGAGGCCAAACCGAAGUCGUAGCCAUCGACAUUGCUCAGGCUGGUUCCUCCAACUGGAGUUACAUGACACGAAGCCACGGCGCCGUAUGGGUCACUGACAAUGUACCCACCGGACCUCUUCAGUUCAGGUUCGUGGUGACAGCUGGCUACGACGGAAAAAUGCUCUGGUCUAAGAAGGUUCUUCCUGCCAACUGGGAAGCCGGCAAGACCUACGACGCCGGCGUUCAGAUCACCGACAUUGCUCAGGAAGGUUGUGAUCCAUGCGACGAUCACAUCUGGAACUGAUUUACUUACUCUCCUUUUUUCUUUCUUUCUUUUCUUAGAAGCAUAUGUAUAAAUAAUCAAGCAUAUUCAUUAUUAAGUGAGUUUGUACCAGAACUAUUACUAAACAAGAGAACUAAGAAAGAUUUUUAAAAGGGUGAUGGACAUAUGUAUGUGCAAAGGAGGUCUACACAUGACCACCAUUCUUUCUACCGAUAACCAAGUUAUAUGACAUUACUUCUUUCUUUUA